GUUUUUUUUUAAAUGCAUGACGUCAAACGGCGAAGCGCGAAUGUGGGAUGUCGCGGCCAAACACCAUACACGACGGCGUCAUACAAUGACGCGCAUUUAAACAAUUUAAGCUCGUAUAAAAUGACAAACUCUUCCUAUUUAUAAUUUGCCGACAACGACAGUACUAUACUGUACCAAAAAUGGCAGCCUCCAUGCGUAAUCCCGUAGUUGUUGUUCUAGGCGCUACUGGGACAGGAAAAACUAAAUUGUCUAUUGAAUUAGGAAAACUUUUCAACGGAGAGAUUAUAAGCGCUGAUGCUAUUCAGAUGUACAAAGGUUUGGGCAUUGUGACAAAUAAGGCAACAAAGGAAGAGCUACAGAUGUGUAGACACCACAUGAUAGACUUCAUCUCUCCACUCAAAGAUAACGUAACAGUUCUUGAGUAUCGAAAUGCUGCAGUACCAAUAAUUGAUUCAAUCUUGGCAGCAAAGAAGACACCAAUUAUAGUGGGCGGAUCUAAUUACUACAUAGAAAGCUUGUUAUGGAGAAACCUUGUCAACACAGAGGAUAUUCAGAAACUUGCAUCACUACAGAGACCUGAAUCAGAAUAUGAAGGCAAUAAGCAGCAACAAGAGCAGAAGCAACAACAGCAAGAGCAAUCACAGAUAGUUGAAGAUCAGGCAAAAGUAAAGCCUGCACCCCAGUCAGAAUGGUUACCUCAUGAUGGGUCAGUUGUUGGUGAUGACCUUGACCCUGGUUGCUACGGAGAUGUAAGAUCUAUGGAAAGUCAAGAUGAGGAGUCAACCACUGAAAGUUGUUCAGAUGAGGAGAGAUUGACUGAGAGGGCGUUUACUGUGAAAGACCGUGAAAAGUAUGAGAUGCAGUCAAGUGUCGAUCUUCAUGCCCGUCUCUCUCAGGUCGACCCAAAAAUGGCGGACAGGCUGCACCCAAAGGACAAGAGAAAAAUCAUCAGAGCGCUGGAGGUGUAUGAUCGCUACGGGAUACAGAUGAGUGAGGUGUACAGACAUCAGCACAGCGGCCUGGCUGACAAUGCCAUGGGAGGGUCGCUCAGGUACCGGGACACCUGCCUGCUCUGGAUAAAAUGUGAUCAAGACGUGCUGGACCGGCGGCUGGAUGCCCGGGUGGACAAGAUGCUCGAGCAGGGACUCGUCAAUGAACUCCUUGACUUCCACAGGCAGUACAAUGAGGAAAGGCUCAAGAAUAAUAGGGCUGCAGACUACACUCGCGGUAUAUUCCAGAGUAUUGGCUUCAAGGAGUUCCAUGACUUCCUUCUGAUGGAUGCUGACAGCAGACAGACGGAAAAGGGACAGGCAGCCUUCAGAGCAGCUGUUGAGAAGUUAAAACAGGUGACCCGGAAAUAUGCUAGAGUUCAAAAACGAUGGAUUGAAAGAAGACUUCUGAACAGACCGUGCAGUGAGAAUGUCCCCUUGGUGUAUGGUCUAGACGGCACAGAUGUAUCACGAUGGGAUGAGAAUGUUCUAGAACCUGCAACUAGAAUUCUGACAGCUCUCAGACAGGGUGAGACUACUCCUAUCUCUCCCCUGCCCUACCAGGAUGUUCGACAGGAGUUUGUGAUACAGCACUGCAAGCUGUGUGAUGUGCAUGCCAACACACCAGAAAUGUGGCACGUUCACAUCAAGAGCAAACGACACAGGAAGUGUGAGCAGUCGCGGAGGAGAAAGCUGCGGGACCUAACACAGACCCUGGAUGAGUACAUUCACCAUCAGCAAGUACAAGAUGGUGAUAGUGGAACAUAGCAUCAACAUCUCACAUGGCAAUGGUUUCCAUGAAACACCAAAGAUGCUGUUCCGGCGCUAGCAGUGUGGGAUGCUGCCUCACACAUUAGUGUAGUGUAGCCUUGUUCUAGGAAAUCUGGCCUUACUGCAUGUGCACAGGCAUAUAUACAUCACAAUGCACCUUUACUGGAUUUCUGUUGAAUAGAGACUUCCUUCAAACAAAAAUCUAGUAAAAGCGGAAAGUGUCGUCCCUGAUCGGCCUGUGGCCUGUGCUGACCGCUCUGAGAUGACACUUUACGCGCAUGCAUUUAGCUCAGAUCUCUCAAAACAAGGUUCAGUGCAUCUGCAUCAGUGGGCAUUGCUCUUUCACUCCAACUGCUUCAGUCUCUUCCACGUUUGGGGCAGUCUACUGCAGCCCAGUAUCAGAAUUGAACGAUGAACGUCAAUUACAAUGUGUAUCCCCAUUUGGAAGGAUAAAAACAUUUGUUGACAGCGAUGUAGUGUAAAAACAUUGUAUACUGUACAGCAUUUUAUCAGGAAUUUUUAGCUCAUCUAUUUUUUGAAAAAAAAAUAUGAGCUAUUGUCAUCACCUUGGCGUCGGCGUUGGCGUCCGGUUAAGUUUUGCGUUUAGGUCCACUUUUCUCACAAAGUAUCAAUGCUAUUGCAUUCAAACUUGGUACACUUACUAACUAUCAUGAGAGGACUGGGCAGGCAAAGUUAGGUAACUCUGGCGUGCAUUUUGGCAGAAUUAUGUGCCCUUUUUAUACUUAGAAAAUUGAAAAUUUUAGUUAAGUUUUGCGUUUAGGUCCACUUUUCUCAGAAAGUAUCAAUGCUAUUGCAUUCAAACUUGGUACACUUACUUUCUAUCAUGAGGGGACUGGGCAGGCAAAGUUAGAUAACUCUGGCAUGCAUUUUGACAGAAUUAUGUGCCCUUUUUAUUCUUAGAAAAUUGAAAAUUUUGGUUAAGUUUUAUGUUUAGGUCCAUUUUAUUCCUUAAGUAUCAAAGCUAUUGCUUUCAUACUUACAACACUUACUGACUAUCAUAAGGGGACUGUGCAGGCAAAGUAAUGUAACUCUGACUGGCAUUUUGACAGAAUCAUGUGCCCUUUUUAUACUUAGAAAAUUGAAAAUUUGUUUAAGUUUUGUGUUUAGGUCAACUUUAUUCCUACAGUAUCAAAGCUAUUGCUUUCAUACUUUCAACACUUAUUAACUAUCAUAAGGGGACUGUGCAGGCAAAGUUAUGUAACUCUGACUGGCAUUUGGACGGAAUUAUGGGUCCUUUAUAUUUAGAAAAUUGAAAAAUUGGUUAAGUUUUGUGUUUUGGUCCACUUUAUUCUAAAGUAUCAAAGAUAUUGCUUUCAUACUUGGAACACUCGCAAACUAUCAUAAGGGUACAGUAAAAGGACAAGUUGCAUAACUCUGGUUGUCAUUUUUACGGAAUUAUGGCCCUUUUUUUACUUAGUAACUUUGAAUAUAUGGUUAAAUUUUGUGUUUCGAUCCACUUUACUUAUUAAGUAUCAAGGCUAUUGCUUUCAAACUUCAAAUACUUUCAUGCUAUCAUGAGGUUACUGUACCUGGCAAGUUGAAUUUUACCUUGACCUUUGAAUGACCUUGACUCUUGAGGUCAAAUUAUUAAAUUUUGCUAAAAUUGCCAUAACUUCUUUAUUUAUGAUUAGAUUUGAUUGAUACUUUGACAAAACUACUCUUACCUGACAUACCACAAUAGACUCCACCCAAACCAUCCCCUGUGCCCUUCCUCCCUCCC